AUGACGCAUCCAAAUCAUCAAACAAACGGCGCAAGUUUGGAGGACUGCCACACAAAUUUCUUCGCUCUGACCGAUCUCUGUGGUAUCAAAUGGCGUAAGUUGGUGUGUGGGGAUUACAAUUUCUCGUCGGAGCCUCUGGAUGAUCCUGUGUUGGCGAGUUUCUCUCGCUGCCUCGCCGGAGACAUUCUGUGCGUGUGGCGGCGUGUGGCCACCCAACAACCAGCCUCCGCCACUGGGCCGCACUCCGCCAAUCAAGCUGCCGGUGGCCUGUUCGACCCCAUUGGUCUCCCUCCGGGACUCGGUGGACCUGGACCCGCAGCAAGUAACCAGAAUCAACACCCACCAUUAUCCCUUCAUGCGGCUAAGGAACUGUGGAUCUUCUGGUACGGCGAGGAGCCUGACCUGUCCGGUCUUGUUUCUCCGGAACUUAUCGCUGCCGAUGGCGAGCAAGGAUCAUGGGAAAGUGGCUUAUCGUAUGAAUGCAGGUCCCUUCUCUUCAAAGCUCUGCAUAAUCUCAUUGAAAGAUGUUUGCUGUCUCGUGAUUUUGUUCGAAUUGGCAAGUGGUUUGUUCAGCCCUACGAUGGAGCAGAGAAACUCAUUGGGAAGAGCACCCAUUUCUCAUUCUCAUUCGCAUUUUUCGUGCAUGGAGAAAGUACGGUGUGUGCAAGUAUGGAUGUGCGAGUGCAUCCUCUGGUACGGAACCUGACACACCAGCAUCUUCUCCAGGCCCAGGCUUCCUCCUCAGGCAUACCAGUGAUAUUGUCUCCUUUUGGACUGGCGGGGUCUCUCACAGGCCAGUCAUACAAGACGCUGGACGUCCAAACAAAGCGUCAGCUUGAUGAAUGGCGCCAGUUCUAUCCCAUCGACACCAAGUUCUCAAGCUGUGAAUUUGGAGGUGAAGAGGUUCCUCUGCCUCCUGCUGUUGAGGUUGUGGUGGGAGGUGUGAAAAUGCGAUAUCCCACGUGUUACGUCCUAGUUACGGACAUGGAUGAUCCAGCUUCAUCUCCAUCUUCAGCCGUUCACCAGGGUGCUGCAUCACCGGCAGGCACAGCCAUGGCAAUGAAGUCUGUUGGACUUCCAUCAUCAGCUGCUGUUGCAUCACCGCCAUGUUCACCUUGUCCCCAGCCUAUCACCAUGCGCAGUAGGCCGCCUUGUCCAUCUUCACCAUUUCCUGUGCCAGCAAGUGGCCAUCACCCAGCCUCUAUGCAGCAUAGCCCUUCUCCAGCGACCAGGUUGCCAGAGCACGUCUGGCAGGACAGCACCCUGAAUCCCACGGAACAGAACAGUGUUGGUAGCGAUGCUAUUCCCAGUCAGCAGCCACAAGCAGGACAGUGGGACUUUGCAGACCCCACACGGAAAGCCAUGUGCAGUUGCUCAAAGUGUAAGAAAAGUCCAGGCGCAAAACAUAUGGCUCAGAACAAGGGAGGAGUUAAUAAUAUCGGGGGUGUGAAAGCUCUGAAGGUUGAGAAAAGCGAGAAGGGUAGCCGUGGGUCCGGGCGAGGGGGCAUGAUGCCAUUCCAUCGGCGUUCGCCCCUAGCUGAGGAAGGGGCAUGGGCUGUUGAGGUGGCUGGGCCGCUCUCGAGGUUGAUGGGAGGUUCAGGUACUCCAUCUGGAGGCCCCCCAUCAUAUCCCUGUGGCCAGGCCAUGACUCCCAAUCCACUGCCAAAUUUACAUGGUGGAGGUAGUCUUGGAGAGUCUGUGCCAGUUCCAUCAGUGGGCUCUCCAGCCUCUGCUGCUCCAUCUCCACUGCCCAAUCCUCACUCCCAACCUGCAUCGGUUCCUCCUGCCGAUCAGACUAUGCCUACUCUGAGCCCUCAUCCUCCCACCUCAAACAGUGGUGCUGGCCAGCCUCAACCUGCCACCCCUUUGGAAUCUCAGGACAAGGUCACCCCUGCUGCUACACCCUCAGAUCUCAAUGGCCCUAAGUCCGUUUCGUCAGUAUCCAAUCAGGUGUUCUCGCCGUAUCCUGCCACUUCCAGUGUAGAGCCAGUCACAAAACCAGUGGACAGUGUUGGCGGGGGAUCUCAGGGUCCUGCCAGUGCUCACUCAGUAGUGGCAUCAGCUCCUCUCCCCACUGCCACACCUCUCGACUCUCUUACUCUCAAACGACCUGUUCUCUCCUCCAAGGAGUAUGAGAGUAUUUUGAUGGAGGAGGACCAACCGUCAGAAUUGCUGUAUGAUUAUUCCACUCUCGAUGCAUGGUUGAACCAUCCAGUGAAAAAGUUUAAGCCAGCUGAAGCAAGACCCCCGGACCCAAUGAGACCAUCACCUUACAACAGGCGCUCAAGUACAAAUGAUCUGUAUUCAUAUCAUUUACAACAGCAGAACGUGGCAUCAUCACCAAACAACCUCAGUCAGCCUUUCAUCAAGCAGGAGGUUAAACAAGAGGCAGGCUGCAAUAUGUCAAUGGAAGUAGAUAACAUUCAUCUGAACAAAAGGUCUGAUCCAUAUGAAUUUGAAGAUGACAUGACUGCUCCUGCUGUCAGUAUGGAGGGUUUCAAGCGAACUAAUUCUGUUAAGGAAGAAGAUCGUAAAGGAGGCCCAGGAAAUGCAAUAGGUCCAUUUGAUCCCGUCGCUCCAAAUGGACCCACAAAUAAACCCACUUCUCUUUUCACUAAUGAAGGUCUUCAAGCAUCUUACAAAGAUCUUGAUCAGAUCUUUGAUAAUUCGGAUGACACAUCAAGUGAUGAAACUUUGCAGGUGCCCACUCCUCCAGGUUCUAAUAAGCCUGCUGGACUACCAGAAGAUUCAGCAUCCAAUAACAGUGCUGUGGUGAAACCUCCUCGUGGCAGCGGUGGCAACACGUCACUCAACAGUUGUGGUGGAGCAGGCAUUCUGAGGCCAGAGGAGUUGUCUAAGAUGUUCCCUACACCUCCGUCCCUAGAGCAUAAUCCCAUUGCAUCACCGUGUGGGCAUUUGUCUGAUGGACCCCUGGGAGAACUAUCAGAUGGGCCUGUAGGCUUUUGUAUGGGCCGGUAUAAACAAGAAAUCUAUCCAAAUAUGGGCAGCCCACAAGAGGAGAAUAUAGAGGAUUGGUCAUAUGUGUUCCGCCUACCUGCAGUUUGCAAAUUUGUGGGCUCUUCUAAGUAUGCACCACUUACAAACCUUCCCAGUCAAAGUCUGCCUCCAGUGACACUACCUUCUCACUGUGUGUACAAGCCUUCUUGGCAGACACAAUAUCAGCAGCAGCAGCAGUUUGUUGAAAAAUCAGCACCCCAACAAAGUAUUCCAAAUGGAAGCCUCGUACCCUCUGGUCCUGGUACCAACUCAAGACCUAAUUCCGUAGCGAGUAAUCAUCACUCAAGUACUGUUAUGCCACCUCACACACAUCUGCCACAUCAUGCAAUCCAUCAUACUCCAGUGCCACCACAUUCUCAUAGCAGAGCUGGCCUCUCACCUAUCUCACCAGCGGGCCAUUUUCCACCAAGUCCCAUGACUAUGGCAGCAAUGGGAGGUGGAGGUCUACCAAUCCAUUUGCAGCAGCAGUUCCGGUCAGGUGGCCCAGGGUCAGUUGGAGGCGUUCGAACGCCUUGUCCUGCACCUCCACCUUACGAACUUCCAAGUCCAGAAACUUCAACUGCAUCAUCCUACCUCAAUAAAAAUUUAAAUUCAGUGGAACCAGUGCCAACACCAAUAAUGGCUCGAGCUCCUGAAGCAAAUUCAUUGGUGGUUAACAUUCUUCUAGGUGAUACUGCUCUUAAUAUAUUUCGAGAUCAUAAUUUUGAUAGUUGUACCUUAUGCGUUUGUAAUGCAGGACCGAAAGUUGUAGGCAACAUUAGGGGAGCUGAUGCCGGAAUCUACCUUCAGACUCCACCUCCACAACCGCAACCUAUCCUACCAUUCCCACCUACCUCUCCAUUCCCUGGUAUGGGAAUGAAUGGUCCACCACAGUAUAUGGUGCCGUCCCCAGGCCAUCAUGGCAUUGCACCCAGUGUUACGGAAGAGGACCCAAUAAGGUGCAGUUGUGGAUUCAGUGCUGUAGUGAACAGGAGGCUGUCCCACCGCUCAGGUCUGUUUUAUGAGGAUGAGCUUGAAAUCACAGGCAUUGCUGAAGACCCGGGUGACCGCAGGAAGGGUUCACUUUUGGCCUACCUUCUUCCGAACACUGGCAAAAGUGGGCAGGAAAACAUAAAUACAGGUGAUGUAGUGGAUCUGGUUCCACAGAAUGUUAUGGAGCUGUUAAAAGAGCAGUGUGUGAUUAUUCAGAGUUCUAGCAACUCUUUGUAUCGUGCAUCAAGACAGUUUCGUGGUAGCCUUGGACCUGAUGUGCCCUAUGGCACAACAGUGAAUGUGUUGGAGUUCAUGGAUGGCAACGAUGUGACAUGUAUUGCAUUAGAGCAGGGACGGCAGGCGUUACUAGAAAGCACAACAGUCGCCAUGUGCAAAGUGGAGGAAAUGCAGCACAGACAGCAGCAAAUCAUGCAACAUGGAAGCAGGAGUUCAAACACACCGUGUGUCCACAGGUGGCCUUAUUUGCGGGCCAUGGGACCUCAGUGCAGUCAGGACAUUGUGUGGGUCAUGAAGAGCUUGAGGCCUCUUUUGCAAGAGGUAAUACAUAAGAAGUGCACAACGAGGCUGUGGGAUGCCCCAUACACUGUAAAAGGGCCUCUCACUUGGAGGCAGUUCCACAGGCUUGCCGGCAGAGGGACCGAAGAUCGUUGUGAACCUCAACCUAUCCCAUCAUUAAUGGUUGGCUGCGAGAAAGACUGGCUCUCACUCUCACCUUAUGCAAUCCAGUAUUGGGAAAAACUACUACUUGAGCCAUAUUCCUAUGCCAGAGAUGUGGCCUAUAUCGUGGUUGCACCAGACAACGAUUACAUCCUUCAGCGGGUGCGCACCUUCUUCAGAGAGCUUAGCGCAACAUAUGAGGUUUGCCGCCUAGGCCGUCACUGCCCUAUUACCAAAGUUCUGAGAGAUGGAAUUCUCAGAGUGGGAAAAACAGCUGCUCUCAAAUUGGCAAAAGAACCUGUUGAUGAGUGGUUUACAAUGCUCGGAGAUAAUCCAGCUACAAAUAUGCUCAAAUUGUAUGCUCAAGUGUGCCGGCACCAUUUAGCUCCACUUCUGUCGCAGGUGCCAUUGGACAGAACAUUGUUGGAUCCACCUGAGGGUUCGCAGCCUCCCCGAAUGAUAGUGGACAGACCUCUGCCUUCCCCCAUGCCGCCUCCUUCAACUCCAGAGAGUAAUCAGGGCCAAAUACCCGAUAAGGCUCCCUCCACACCUAAAUCAGAUCAUGACGGUGACAGCAAUUCGAACAGUCGCGACCCGUUGAUGUCAGGUGGCCAAUUGAGUAGUGCGGGUGACAGUAACCAUGACGAUGACGAUGUGGAGCCACCAGCACUGGUGGUUUAUCUUGUAGAUCCGUUCACAAUAGGUAGUGACAGCACAGAUCUGCAGAGGCUAUCUUGUCUUAGCCUGCUGCGCUGCUUCACCACUGUUCUCUCUGCUAUUCCAGAAAGCAUACGCAACAACAUUAGUGUACAGCUCAUCUCUCUGGAGAGCAUUGUGGAACUGGGGAAGUCACGUAAUCGAAUCAGGCAGAAUGAUCACAUGCGAGCACAAGCAUUCUCUGUGUUUUCUCAGUGCCGCCGCAUGCUGACGCAUACGUCCAACAUCAAGGCACUCACUGGCUUUGGCACAGCUGCCAUGGCUGAUCUCUUCCUCAAAAACAAAGAUGAGAAGAACCGAGCUCCAUAUCGGGUGUAUACACCUCCCUAUGUUUUGGCUCCCGUAAAGGAGAAAGCAGAGUCCGGGGAAUCAUUUGGCCAGUGCAGUGGUGAGCAGUGUUCUGUUCUGUAUGUGAGCUACUGCCUGUCUGAAGAUCAGCGCUGGCUGUUGGCUGUUGCGACUGAUGAGCGUGGCGAAAUAUUUGAGACUGCAACUAUUAACAUUGACAUCCCCAAUCGCAUCCGAAGGAAGAAGGCAUCAGCAAGGCGCAUUGGACUGCAGAAACUGAUGGAUUUUAUCUUGGGUGUCAUGUCACAGAGUGUGCGACCGUGGAGGCUUGUUGUGGGUCGCAUUGGCAGGAUAGGACACGGAGAGCUGAAAGGCUGGAGUUGGCUGCUCAGUCGUAAAUCCCUCCUGAAGGCCUCAAAACAUUUGAAAGAGAUUUGCGAACAGUGCAGCCUUAUGUACCCUAGUGAUGUUCCAUGUGUACUGAGUGCAUGUCUUGUAUCGCUGGAGCCUGAUUCGGCACUCCGACUGAUGCCUGAUCAGUUCACACCAGAUGAGAGGUUUAGCCAGACAUCUGUGAACUGCCAGCUCUCAACACCUCAUGAUGUGUCUUGCACUCAUAUUCUGGUGUUUCCCACUUCUGCUACAAGUCAGUCAUCUCAGACAGCGUUCCAGGAGCAGCACAUCAAUGGACCAGACCUUGGGGAUGAUGAGUUGUUCUCAGCCCUGAACGAUGACAUGCCUGAAGGAAUUGAGGGCAUGCAAGACUUCAAUGAUAUAUUCUCAUGGCCUGAAACAGGACCUGGGGGUGCUCAGAGCCCUACAGGGAGUCCUCGAAGAGGGGAUUCACCAUCACAGCCUGGAAGCCCAUCUUGUGGAGUUGGUGGUACCUCAGACCAGCAUAGUCCCUUUCCUUGCAACGGAUCUUCACGGGGUGGUGGAAGUGUUGGAGUGGAUACACAAGAGGAGGUUGGGACAUUACACCAACAGCCAUUAGCUUUGGGCUUUUUUGUGUCCACUGCUCCCACAGGCCGCAUGCCCAAGUGGUUCUGGGCUUCUUGUCCACACUUAGAGAAUGUCUGCCCAGCAUUCCUGAAGAAUGCCCUACAUCUCCACAGUCCAGCUAUUCAGCAAAACUCUGAUGAUCUCUUGCAGCAACAGUCAGCGGUUACUGUGCAUGCUCUCGAUUCUCAGUAUACUACAGAUGUGCUCAGAUAUGUUCUUGAAGGUUACAAUGCUCUGUCUUGGUUGGCUCUGGACUCGAACACACGAGAUCGUCUGUCUUGCUUGCCAGUACACGUGCAGGCUUUAAUGCAGCUAUAUCAUGUGACUUCUGCAUUAGUUUGACCUUCAUAGUUGCAUAAGGCAGUGACAUAUGUCCAUUGUUCAUGAGGGGCAAAGUUUCGCCAUGUAUAUGGUUGUGCCAAGUGGUGAAAGAAUGUCUUAGAAGAAGAUAACAGCUUGAAUUUCAGCUGGAGGAACAGAGAGUUACCCACAAGAGUGUCUCAGCAAUAAAUCUGUUGUUACAGUAUAGUUGUAAAUUUCAAAACAUUGGUGAUGGAAUGUGACAUUUGAAGCCAGUAUAUAAAAUGAAGAGAAACAUGCAGGUCGGUGUUGACUCCCCCCCCCUUUCCCAAGGAAACGACAAUCCUGGUGAAAUGAUUAUGACAUCCACAUUGUUUGCUGGAAAAAUAUCUGGAUAUUAUCCUUUAUAAAUACAGAAAUAUUAUUUUUGUGAUUGGCAUGCUAAACUCUAGCCAAAGAUUCACAAAAUAUGUACAUCCGUGUAUUUUGUGGAGGACAUUAGGAAGAAAGCAAUCAGUCACUGAAAACUUACCAAAGGAAAAGUAAUCCAUUUUAUCUUUCUCUGUUUUGUUUAUGAAAUGUGAUGGGAAUGAAAUUUAAGUAGAAAAAUUGUCUAGUUUAAUUAAUAGUUUUAAAAAACUUUUUAUGUUAUUUAUUCUUUAGAUGAAGUUGAGCAUACAGUGUAAUCACUAAAAAAUGGAGUGGCAUUUAAAGGUAGGGGGCCAAACCAUUUUAUGACGAAUGCUGCCAAGCCAAGAUGGACUGAAUCCAUUAAUGCAUAUUUUAAAUGUUAGAUGACAUUUUGAAUUUGUUGAAACUGGUUGUGAGAUGUUGUGGGAUGUUACAUGAUGAUUGGAAGGUACUGCAGAAGGUGUGUUCUCAAUUUGGGAAAAUUGUGAUUUAUUGUAAGAGAUGCAACAGUUGUCUAUCGCAAUGAAACUUUUAUUUCCUGUGAUAUAGUACUUCGUCUCGUGAUCAUCAGCCAGAUGGAAUGCAUCGGUGAUUGUUGUGUCCAGCCCUCUUCCAGAUUGUCUUGAAAGGAAGGAAAAAGUACAGACAAGUGACAGAGCCUAUUCAUAAAAUCCAGACCACCUAAGUGAAUUUGUAAAGACAUUAUUAGCGUUUUAUUUCUUCAGUUUUUACAUAAGUUAGGGAAAUGGGAAGUCUUGUAUUAUAACUACAGUAUAUAAAUAUACAUAUAACUUUAUAUAUAUAUAUAUAAUUAUCUAUAUAUAAAAACAAAUUAUAUAUAUCUUAUAUUAUGAAAUAGUACAAACUGUUGCUCGAUGUUGAUCGAGUAAUUAGUUAACCUCUUCAGUUGGAGUGUGUCUUCUCUUGUACAUAUUAAAUAUUAAGAGGCUGCUUGAAUGGAUAAUUGUGUGUGUGCUCACAUUUCAGUGCUGUUCUUUGUGUACAUUUUGUACAGAUAAUGUCUUCUAGUUAAAAAAAACGUGUAAUAUUGUUAAAUAGGUUGAUGGAGAAUGUCAUUUCAGAGAGUUGGGGCAUCACAGUUUGUAUAUUUUAAAUUUUUUUUAAUAAGAAAAGACUGGACAUGAGCACAGAAGUUCAAGUUUAUGUGCAACUGUUACGAAGUUGAGUGAUGAAAUUCAGAUGUAUUUGUCACUUUUUUUAACCCUGUUCCUCUAUAAAAUCUCCUGAAAAUGAAAUACAGUUGUAGAUUAUGAUUGUGGACUCAUUUGGGUGAUGUGCCAUGAAUGAAGUGUAACACAAGUGUUUCCUGAUAGUGAAAAGACCGACCAACGUAGAAUAUGUUGCAAAGAAUUAUUUAUUUUGUAUAUAUAUAACAUACAUAAUGCAAGAAUUACAUGGUUGGUCUCUUUACAUGUGUACAGAAGAUCAUGAUCCUUCUCCCCAAGAAUGAAAUGUACAAAGAUUAGAAUCCAUCAACUCUGUUAUGUAAUCACUACAGAACGGGGGUAGUGGACUUGUUGAGAAUACAUUUUAUGAGGAGCAGAGGCAGUCACCAAAGGUGGCUGUACUCAUUCCUUUUUGUUAUUUGAAUAUACAUGAUUCUUUUACAGUUAUCAGUUAACCCUCUGUGGUAAAAAAUUGUACAUAGUUAUUGCUUCUUUGUUGCCACGGGCAUAAGGAGUACAGUAUACAGUUUUAUUCCUUUCUCCCAUUCCUGCUCGGCCCUGUUGCUCAGGUCUAAAGUCAUAAUGUUGCACCACUGCAGGGAUUAACCAGGAAUUGGAAUUGAACCAGUUAUUAUGAAAAACAUCCACUUUAUGAAAAAUAAGAGUUCUUUAUGAAAAAGUAGUUUUAUUAAAGUUAAAGGCUACUGAAAAUACUAGGUUCCCUCCCUCCCAUUUUAUGGUAUUCAUCUGACUGUUUAAGAAGAAAGUGAGGGUUGUUUCCAGUUCUGUAGUGAAAGGACAUUUUUCAGGAUUCAAAGGCAAAACUUAAAAAUAAAUUCCAACAUUCUAAAUGAAAAAUAAUGUCAACAACUGUGACAUUCAAACUUUUUAUACAUGUAUUUACUGUGGUAACGUAAAAAAUUUCAUACAGAAAGAAAAAAUGUUUUUGUUAUCGACAUGUGCUCACCGUUUGGAGGCUGCAUAAGGCAAACAACCUUGGACCAAAUAAUGGCUGAGUCCCUUCACACAACACUCCUUCCUCUGCAUGUGACGCCAAUCACUUACACAUACAUACAUACAAACGUGUAUAUAUGCAUAUAUAAAUAAAAUAUGAAACAGGCAUUUGUUACAUGAAGACAUCAUAUCUUACCAAAAUAUUUGUUUUGUGCCAGUGUUGGCAUAUUUACAUGAAGGGACAGUAGCCUCUCUAAAACCCUGCCGUGUCAUGUCACCAGAGCAUCAAACUUAUCUGUGUUGCUUAGCCACACAAUACAACAUCAAAUGAAAUUUUGAAAAUAAUGAUUAUAGUAUUUAUUACUUGGGUAGUAAAAUCAUGGGAUUUAUAUUAUUAUUAUUAUUAUUAAUUAUUAUUAUUAUUAAAUAAUACAGUUUUAUGUGUAUAGAGAAA